CGGGCAUCUGCGCCCGAUGUGGGCGUGGGGCCUCGCGGAGCGCGCCGUCGCCGGCCUCCUCGGCUCCGCCGGCAUGAACGGCGGCCGCUGGAACACCGCCGUCGCCGUCGGGGUCACGGCCGCCGCCGGCAUCGCGCUCGUCGCCAUCGUCGUCUCCUCGCGCAGGGGCGGGAUCAAAUCGCCGUGGCGGCGACGAAGGAGGAAGCCCGUGCUUGCGUCCAAGGAAUGGCGCAGCUUGUUCACGCCGGAGGGGAAGCUUUACGACGGCGGCGUGAAGCUAGUGAAGAGAGUUCGGAACGGAGGAGUUGAGCCGAGCAUCAGAGCAGAGGUCUGGCCGUUCCUUCUGGGAGUUUACAACCUGGACAGUUCACAAGCUGAAAGGGAAGCAGUUAAGGAGCAUAACAGGAGGGGAUAUCUGCUAUUGAGGAAACAUUGCCUGCGGAAAAACAAUGAAGAGAGCAAACGACUUAAUGAAACAGCUGCAGUUAGCCAUGAAGAGAGCAUUAGUCCUGGAAAAGUCAAAGAGUCUGUUACUUCUCUUGGAUCUGAAGAACAACCUGAAAAAGAAAGUGUGGAAGAGCAUGUCAAGAGUGAGGAAGAAAAUUCUUUUGCCAUUUUAGAGCAAGAAAUCCAGGAUUAUACGGCUAAAGCAAUCCCAGAGAAACAGACAGAUGAAAACCGCUGUUCAUCUAGCUCAAGCGAUGAGGAUGAGAGUGAGCAAAGUGAUUUGACCCAUGUAGAAGCAUCCCAUAAUGAUGUGGCCUCAGUGCACCAGUCUUCAGUUGUGGAAGAAGAAGAAAGUAUGCCCAAAUAUUCAAACACAGGGGGAAAUAGGGAAACUGAAACUGAACUCUCUAAGGCUACCCAUCCUGUGAAGUCUUCACGGACAGUUGAGGAUUUUGAUACAUGGCAACGGAUUAUUCGUUUAGAUGCAGUUCGGGCAAAUGAUGAAUGGGUUUCAUACUCUCCAUCCCAAGCUGCAGUUACCAGGGAGAAGGCAAUUGAAUCUGCUCAAGCUGUUUGUCUCAAAGACUAUGAGCACUUGGAAGCGCACAGGAUCCAUCAUGCGUCACGUCUUGUUGCAAUACUUGAGGCGUAUGCAACCUAUGACCCAGAAAUUGGUUAUUGCCAGGGCAUGAGUGACCUCCUAGCACCUCUCCUUGCCGUGCUAGAGGAAGACGAUGAAGCCUUCUGGUGCUUUGCCGGUUUCAUGAGGAAAGCCCGCCACAACUUCAGACUUGAUGAAGUGGGUAUUAGCAGGCAACUUAACAUGGUCGCCAAGAUAAUAAAAAACAAGGACUUCCGUCUUUACAGACACUUGGAGAUGCUCGAAGCUGCAGAUUGCUUUUUCGUAUACAGAAUGGUGGUUGUAAUGUUCAGGAGGGAGCUCACUUUUGAGCAGACCCUCAGUCUGUGGGAGGUGAUGUGGGCUGAUCAGGCAGCAAGCCGUGCUGGGAUCGCAAGAUCAUCCUGGGGAAAACUUCGGCUAGGAGCCCCUCCAACAGAUGACUUGCUACUGUAUGCAAUUGCAGCUAGUGUACUGGAAAAGAGGAAAUUGAUAAUAGAGAGCUAUAGCAGUAUGGAUGAGAUCAUUAGGGACUGUAACAAUAUGGCUGGGCAGCUAGACAUUUGGAAGCUCCUAGAUGACGCCCAUAAUUUAGUGGUAACCCUACACGACAGGGUCGAAUAGCGUGAUCCGCCCUUGCUUAUCUUGUAUCAUUUGUCAUGGCAGUUUUCACGUUACCAUAUGUUUGUUAUAUACAAUACAAUGUCUUGUAUGCUCAGACAUGUUACGGAUAGAAACAAUUUUUGUCUCGUUUCCUGGUGUGCCAUCUGUCUGCAUGUGGAAACUGGCACCUAUGAGGAAAUUUGUGGAUCUUUAUCAUUUGCUGUCACUUGUUGGAUUGUGGA